ACCCACAACACUCCCGACUAUGGCUUCUAUAGGUUCUAGUAGGAUUUGUGCGAGGGUGCAAGAAAAAUUGUGUCAGUGGGGACAUUCGCCAAUUUUCAAAAGACACUCGAUCAAUGUGCGCUCCAAAUUCGGAUUUCACACUGUCAACAGGACAAUCGUUACUAUUCCCGAAAUUAAGAAUCCAGUAUUAAAUAAAUUAGCCGCAACUGGUACGGCAUCAGGAUGCUGGCAUCCUUGCAUUCGACCGGAAGUGGCUGGCACGGCAUUUUCCUACAGCACAAUGAGGACGCAACAGCCUGGUUCGCUGCCCGAGUACCAGGUCGAUCCGUACGCCUUGUUAGAAGAUGACCUCAAGGAUGUUUAUGUGUAUAUUAGAGAGUCCCUUCGGAGGAACACAUACCAACAAGACCUGUAUGACAUAUCCACAUACUAUUUUGACGGACACGGGAAAGCCAUUCGACCAAUGGUGGCGAUUCUGAUGGCCAGAGCAAUAAACUAUCACAUUUACAAGGAAAAAAGCUUGUUACCGUCACAAAGAGAAGUCGCAAUGAUAUCGGAAAUGAUUCACACAGCAUCAUUGGUACAUGACGAUGUAAUUGAUCAGUCGGAUUUUAGACGAGGAAAGCCCAGUGUAAACGUAAUGUGGAAUCAUAAGAAGGUUACGAUGGCUGGCGACUUCAUCUUGGCUGUUGCCUCCAUGAUGAUAGCCAGGUUAAAGAACAAUGAUGUCACCAUCAUUCUUAGCCAGGUAGUAACUGACCUAGUUCAAGGAGAAUUUAUGCAGCUGGGAUCUAAGGAAACGGAAAACGAAAGGUUCGCACACUACCUUACUAAAACUUAUAGGAAAACUGCCUCCCUCAUUGCAAAUGCCGUAAAAGCUGUUGCUGUUUUGGCCGGCGCAGACGAACAGAUUUCGGAUAUUUCAUAUCAGUACGGCAGAAAUUUGGGAUUAGCAUUUCAAUUGGUCGACGAUCUCUUGGAUUUCGUUUCGUCCUCAUCUCAAAUGGGAAAGCCCACUGCGGCAGACCUUAAGUUGGGUUUGGCCACUGCGCCAGUAUUGUUUGCUUGUGAAAAGUACCCCGAAUUAAACCCAAUGAUAAUGAGGAGGUUUCAAGAGCCGGGUGAUGUAGAAAAAGCUUUUGAGCUUGUCCACAAAUCAAGAGGCCUAGAACAGACUCAGUUCCUGGCCAAGCAACACUGUCAAGAAGCGGCCAGAUUGGCCAGUCUUCUACAGGAGAGUCCUUAUCAAAAAGGUCUGAUUGUCGCCACCGAUUACGUAUUAAACCGCAUGAAAUAGCCCGAAACAAACUGGUACCUGCUUGGGAAUUUUUACUUUAGAUCAGUUCGUAGAUAUUUAUGAAAUGAUGCGCUGGAUAGUGAUGUUCUGUGCCGAAAUGAUCAAAAUAUAUAUUAAAGUAUAAAUACACAAAAAUUUUUAACAAUUAUUUUUAAUUAGUAGUAGGCUAUUUAGCUCUUAUCUAUUUUAAUUAUUUUGGUAUAGAAUGAGCUAUUUGAAGUUUGUUAUCCAGUUAGUUUUACUAGUGUUGCUUAUAUUUAUAAGCGCAAGUGAUUAAAGACAUUUUAAAUCACUUAGGAACCAUCUGUUUACGACUUUUGAGUUAGUAUUUUCGUUAGAGAAAUAUGAGUGAUUGCUCAAUAUGAAUGAAGUGGAAAUCCAGUCAUAUUUAAUACUACUUAUUUAAUUAAGUAUUCCAUAAUUUUAUUGUAUGAAUAAAUGUAAACCACAUGUAUAUAUUCUACAUAACAAUUUAUUAUUGCUUUAUAAUAAAAAUAUUUAAACUUGUGUAAAUAUGUAUAAUGGAUAUUGAAUGUAAUCUUUGUUGAAAUGGUUAAUUAAUUACAAAUCGAGUAAUGUAUAUAAUAUAUAAACACAAAUUAAUUAAUAUUGUUGAAACUUGUAAUUUAUAAGAGUUGUAAAUAUUUAUAAGUAUUCUAUAUUUUGUAUGAUUAUUAUUUUCUAUCUAUGUAUCAUUGGGCUCUCAACUGUACGAUAAUCAAUAAAGUAAAUUGGUGGGUUA